GCCGGGCCGGGCGGGCCGAGGCGGUUCAUUUGCGCUGGCCGGCCGCCACCGCUGCCUGGCCUACCUAAUUAAGCGAGGCCUUCUUAGUACGCGCUAAAUCAUCGCCAAUUCAAUGUACUAUUUACCACAAGAAAGGAUCACCAGUCGUUCUUAUUUUAAAGUCGCUCUUAACUUAUGAACAGCUUUAUGAAACACCCGUGAAACACCCACCAGGUACUUGGUAUAUCGUCCAUUAAUAUACCGGUAACUAAGAUUCUUAGUAAGAAAAAUCCACGUGCAUGAGCUAUCGAUUGUCUGAUGACAUGAUGAUCUUGACGGUGUUAGUCCAGGCUCCCCAAAACUGACGAUUCCAAAGCGACAUGCCUUAAUUUAUCGUUACAUCUUCGAAGUGGAACUCACAAGAUAUUUAAAACGAAAAUGCCUCAAGAAUUUCACGUCAUUCGAUGCUUUGCCUGUCUGGUAUUUCAGGUCCAUCAAGUGAAGAAGAAACCAAAGUGGCAAUGCAAGAUGUGUGGAGAAAAGCAGUCUGUCAGAAAGGUAUAUGGUAAAGGAGCUGGCAAGGAUUGUAGGUUGCUGGUUCAGUCUCUCAACAUGACAGCAGGCCAGAUAACAGAUGAGGACGCUAACUGCCAGCUUUCCUCAUCUGACCCUCUGGUUGAGGAAAAGGAAAUGUCACAGGUAUUUAUGGAGGCAUAAAUAACAACCUUUUAUAAACUCUGCAGUUAGUACAACAUGAUUAGUUGUACAUGCUAGUAAAGUUAAAACAAGGAUUCAUGUUGUAACCAGCUCGAAUGAAUAAUAAAGGGCUAGAGUUAAUAUAGCAGAGCUGCUAACCAUUAUGCUUUUCGCGUAUUUAGUACGUUCUUGCAAUAAAAAUAUGACAGUACGUUUUUUCUUUCAAAAAUACCGAUAUGAUUUUUUUCAAAAUUGUAAUUUGAGAAAAAUGA